AGGAGAGAGGUAGGAGAAGAGGCGUAUCCCAGAGAAUGAUGUGGAUCUGUUACGGAACCUGCGCGCUAGAGCAGUGAGAAAUAUCGACACACCGUUGACCAAAAGCAGCAGUUUCAGGGUUUUUUUGUGUGUGUGGAUGUUACUUUUUUUUAACGUCUUGGUUUGGAUAGAAUUAAACUUUAUACCCGUUGACACGCUCUCUUCCUGAUUUUGCCGUCUCGUAACCGUGUUAAUGUGGGCCUGGAUAUCACGGAUAAACUGAUCUCUAACAAAAAUUUAAACUAGCCAUCUGGACCUCAGUCCGCGGCUCAAUGUUCCUCGACACAUGGAGACUUCCAGGAUGAUGUUUUACUAGAGUUGCCUGACCGGGAGACGAGCUGAUCGGUGGGAUGAAGGACCGCCUGGCUGAACUGACAGCUAGCAACACACAAGCAGAGGAGGAAGUCACAGUGGACAGAGAUGGCUUCAUGGAGAGCUUUUUCAGAAGGGUGGAAGAAGUUCGGGCACUCAUUGAUAAGAUCUCCUACCACGUGGAAGAGGUGAGGAAGAUUCACAGCAUGAUCCUGUCUGCACCCAACCCAGAUGACAGAACAAAGGACCAACUGGGUGCGCUGACCAACGACAUCAAAGGGAACGCCAAUGUGGUGCGAACGAAACUAAAAUCCAUGGAGCAGAGCAUGCCCAAAGAUGAUGUAGCCCACAGAGCCUCUGUUGACUUCAGGAUCCAGAAGACUCAGCACACUGUGCUGUCCAGGAAGUUUGUGGAGGUCAUGACCCAGUACAACGAGACUCAAGUGUCCUUUCGGGAGAGAAGCAAAGGAAGGAUCCAGAGACAAUUAGAGAUAACUGGAAGAGUGACCACCAGUGAAGAACUGGAGGACAUGUUAGAAAGUGGAAAUCCUUCAAUCUUCACGUCUGAUAUCAUUUCUGAUUCCCAGAUCACACGUCAGGCCUUAAAUGAGAUCGAGUCCCGACACCAGGACAUCAUGCGUUUGGAGACGAGCAUCAGAGAGCUGCAUGCCAUGUUCAUGGACAUGGCGAUGCUGGUGGAAACUCAGGGCGAUAUGGUCAACAACAUUGAGAAGAAUGUCUCCAAUGCAGCUGAAUACAUAUGCAGUGCAAAAGAAGAGACCAAAAAAGCAGUGAGGUACCAGAAGAAAUCCCGGAGGAAAUACAUUAUCCUUGCCUUUGCUCUGUUGAUCCUGCUUGCUGUCAUUGCACUAAUUGUUGGCCUGUCUGUCGGACUAACCAAACCCCCCAUAUGAGCCCCACUGUGAUAACUGCGUGAGGUAACAACACAUCCACACCCACAGCAUCCAUUUCUGAAAGCAGACAUCCAUCCAUCCAUUCAUUUAUUAUUAAUCCAUUCAUUUGUUUAUCUGUGAACCGUGUUUAGGAUUUACAAACAGCUCUUUCUUCGGUACAGCCACUAACUCCGACUCCUGGUUUGUCCUGUGUUUGACAGAAACUCCUCUUCCUCGCCAUGUGUGGAGGUUUACUGCUUUUACUCAUCAUAUUAGUUGGAGUCUUUGAGUAAUGGAUUUCAUGGUUCACAACCUCACAGCAACCUGCUGCUCCUGUAGUGAAGAAGCUUUGACCAGCUUCAUAAUAAGACUGUCAUUCACUAUCCAACAGCAUUACAGAGACCAUCUUUAGAGAAUAAUCAAGUAAGUACUGUAAAAUGUGUGCAAUGAACUUUGCAACAGUAACAUCACACCUCUUGGUACAAAGUUCUGUACAGCUAGAAUAUAAAAACCUGACUGACACUGCAUCAGAUUUCUACUCUGGUGGAUGUUCUUUGCCAUAUUUUCAUGUUGAAAAUCACUUACUUGUGCUAUUAGCCUUAAAGUAAUAGUUUGAACUUUUGUGAAUUUAUUUGCCCUCUUAUUGAGAGUUAGAUCAAAAGAUACCACCCUCAUGUCGUGCAGUAGCUAAACUAAUCUUAUCUGCUGCUUUCUGUAGCUUCAUACACUACCCUCCAAAAAAAGUCACACACUCUAAUACUUUGUUGGACUGCCUUAAGCUUUGAGUAUGGCAUGGAUUCACUGUGGCAUCAUUUCAAUAAGCCUCUGCUAUGUCACAGCAUUUAUUUCUGUCCAGAGAUGCAUUAAUUUUUCACUGAGAUUUUAUAUUGAUGAUGGGAGAGUCAGACCGCUGCGCGAAGUCUCCUCCAGAACAUCCUAAAGAUAAUCAGUGGGGCUGAGGUCUGGACUCUGUGGAGGUCAAUCCAUGUGUGAAAAUGAUGUCUUAUGCUCCUUGAACCACUCAUUCUCAGUGUGAGCCCCAUGAAUCCUGACAUUGUCAUCUUAGGAUAUGAGGGAAGAAAAACUCCACUGAUGUAAAGACCUGGUCAUUCAGUGUAUUCAGGUAUUCAGCUGACCUCAUUCUUUGGGACCAUAACGUUGCUGAACCUGACCAACCCCAAAUCAUAACCCUAACCCCCACAGGCUUGUAGACACCAGGCUCACUUCAUCUGCUUCUCUUCUUAAACUGAUGCUGUGAUCACUUUGGAACAGGGUAAAUUUUGACUCAUCAGACCACAUGACCUUCUUUCAUUGCUCCAGAGUCUAAUCUUUAUGCUACCUAGCAAACUGAAGCCUUUUUUUCCCAUUUAGCCUCACUGAUCGGUGGUUUUCUUAGAGCGACAGCUGUUUAACCCCAAUCCCCUGAGUCCCCUUUGUAUUGUGCGUGUGGAAAUGCUCUUACUUUCACUAAUUAACAUAGCCGUGAGUUCUACUGCUGAAUUCUUAUUUUAUGACUUCACCAAACGUUAAAGUGAUCUCCGAUCAUGAUCAUCUAAGAGUUUGUUCUGACCACAUUUGUUCCUCGAAGAUGAUGGUUCACUAGCCUAGUCACGCUAGACAACCCACGGCAACGAAUUUAAUUCUCUGCCAGGGUGGGUCUAGUUACCCUCCAUAAGGCUCGAGGCUGGAUGCUCCUAAAACUGGCCGGACCAAUCACCAUGAAGUGAAGAGUCAGAAGGCGGGCGUAACUAAGUGACGACAGAGGCGCGACGAUUCUGACAGAAACAACCGGCGCAUAAUAAACAGUUAUCUUUCGACUCGGCUUUGGCCACAGCCCUUAAAGAUUUGAAGCUAAAAUUCAACUUGAAAGAUAAACAAAGGACAGCACUGAAGUGCUUCAUUGAGAAGAAAGACGUAUUUGGACUUAUGCCGACGGGAUAUGGCAUAUCUUUAAUAUACCAGUUGGAUUGUGGCUAAUGGGACUUAGCCACAAUCCGGCGCUCCAGGAACUACGUCAGCCUAUUCGUUGCGCUGAUUGGUUGUAUACCUACCCAAUUGCUGCAGAGUGAUUUGAAAGACAACCUUUUAGCCUGCCUCCCUUCAUGUCGAGCGUUCCUAGACCCUUGUGCCUUAAGAGCUGGGUCUAGUGCGGCUAGGCUAAUGGUUCACCACCAUCCUUCAGGUUUUAGUAAUGCAUUUGGACGGUUGUGGAUGGAAAUGAGAAGCUCCUCACUGCAUCAGGUUAAAUAAGUUGUUGCAGCUGGAACAUAUUCAUCACUGCAGUAAUUAUCCAAUGGUAGGAUCUUACCUAUUUGUUUAGUUAAAUCCAGGUGGCGACUUUAUUUUUGGACAGAAAGUGUAUUUAUCACACAGACAUAUCAGUUUUCUAAUAAAAUGCAACAAGAAAACAAACAAGCAUUUUACCCACAUUGUCAAACUAUUGGUUUGACAGUUAAGAGAUUUGACAAUUGUUUCUCUCUGUAUACAUCGAUUGUAUAAUUUGUGUUUACAUGUUCAAGUGAAUCGUCACCUGUUGUAUAUUUACUGGAAUUCAUGUGAACUGAAUGUAAAACUGCUACACCUCAGGAGUCCUUUAGAGGUAGACAAAUGUAAAAUAUAUAUACAUUUGCUAUAAUGUUUCUAGUUAACUGUGUCUCAGUCAGGCAAAAAUAUUUUCAGCUCAGUGAAACGGAAUUUAUUAUUUCAUUUAAUGACUCUGAAUGAGAAACUUUUUAAAAAGUGCCUUCUUCUUGACUUUCUAGUAGGAAACUUUUACUUAUUUAUCAGUGUGUGAUGACUGAAAUGCUAGGUGUGAAAAAAGUCAUGCAGUAAUGUAGGACUCUUGGAUGAUUAUUUCAAGAGCACACAUUUUCAUUUUGUUACUCUUUUUCUCUUCCCUUCUGUAUUUUAUAUCACAGCAGAAUAAUGAAGUCAUGUAAUUAAAUAAUAAAGAGUAAAAAUGUUUGUGCUGAA